AUGGAGGUUGAAUAUUUCAAUGUUGUGCUUCAUACAGGGUUAGAGUCGUGGUCGCAGUGGUCUCAAUGGACUUCGUGUACUAGUUUACCGUCGUGUUCCAGAACUCGAUACUGUCCGUACGGUCCGGAUGAUCCAGACGGAUGCCCCGGAGUCGGUGAGCAGACAUCUCGGUGCGUUUCGCAAUUAUGCGUUGGAGAAGAUUCGUCUAGCCUUGUUGAUGCAAACAAUGCAUAUGGGGGCAAUGUGGCACAUGUCAUGCAGCAUUUAAAUGUCGAAGGAAAUUACCUUGACGAUGAUACUUACUUAGCUGCGAACGAUUACAUGAACAAAGACAAAGACAAAGAAAAGAAAGACAUGGAACUAAAUACCGGCGGCGGCAUAGCUGGUGGAGUGGCGGCUGGUGUAAUAAUUCUAAUUGUAAUAAUUUGCAUAUACAGAAAGAAGAAGUCCGGUUCUUCAGAAACAACUAGUGAAUACAAACCAAGGAGUCGAAGAGUGGACGACGACGACGACGAUUAUUACAAUGACUACUAA